AUGGGCUAUCAACUUGUCCGCCUUUGGCACAGACGUCAGGAAGACAUGGCGUUCCUCGUAGAAUUUGUCUCUGGUGGCGUCAGGCCUGGUCAUCGUCGGAGCAUGGGUGCUGAUGACAGUGGCGAAUUUGCCUUCCCUGAGGGGCAGACUGAGGCUAAUCAGGCGACCGUUGAUGCCCUGCGACAAACAUGGCAGUCGUCCCACGAUGUCGUUUCGAAUGGCGAAGGCGACGCCCGCGUGUCAUGGCUCUGCCCUGAGGCGACCGCUCCAGAAGAAGUUGUAGCCGGCACCCAACUCUUCCAGUUGACCUUGUUCGGAGAACGGGAUCUCACUGAGCGCGGCGAUAUCAACCUUGUAGUGUGCCAUUUACCGGGCCACUAG